CUGUAAUCGUAAUCUAUAAUCGUCUUCGUUGUAAGCGGUAGGCAGCAUAGCACUAUAUGUAGCAGUCACACCAGUCUGUAUUCCCGUCAACUAGGCCAUCCAAUCUUUUGUUUGUGUUGUUCUUUAUUAUUGAAUAUUGAUAACCAUCGGCUCAUGAUAUCAUUGAUAUGUCGUGCAUUUUUUAUAAUUCUUGUCACAUGCUUAAGGUUUUUCUUAUCUUGAGCGAUUUCAUAAAAAGCGACUAGAUCGGGAUAAUCUUACUUUCAGCCAUCUGUGUGUAUUACUGGAUAGACGACAACGGCCAUUUACUGACUACCGUUUAUCGAGAAGAUCUGAAUUUGUGUUCUUUUAUCAGACUCUUCAACAGCAGAAAAACUUUGAGUUUUUGUGGAUCUUUUUCCAAGAAUAUUAAAAUCUGUGUUCGGGCAUACUUUAUUUAUGCAACAUUGUGGAUUUUUAUCGCUCCCAUGAAAUAUGUAGUCGUGGAGUCCAACUCCAGACCAUCACGUACCGUUCUUCUGUCGUCCAAUGCCCAUCUUGUGGAGGAGCCCGCUUCCCAAUGGAUCCUACAGGAUAGCUCACCGUCGGAGAAAUCUUGGGCCAUGGGCCACGCGGGGAUGCAAUGCAUUCGCAUAUGCUUUGUCUUGCUAAACAUCCUGGUGACGCUGGGUAGUUGUGGAGCGUUGGGAUUAGGGAUCUGGCUGCAUGUGCAUACUGGAGGAUAUGCGCGCGUGGUGUAUCAGUAUGCCUUCUUCUCGGCAGCCAUUUUUCUCAUCAGCAUGGGCUGCAUUGGAAUUUUUGUUUGUAUUAUGGGUUGUUGUGGAGCGUGGCUGAUCAAUCGGUGUUUGCUGUUAACGUAUUUUAUUCUGGUCUUGGUCCUUUUUCUCGUGGAAGUUGGAGCGGGAAUAUACCUUUUAAUAUUUCGAGAUACUCUCACGGAUAACGUUCGAUACGAACUGCGUUUAAGUUUGCGGACCAACUACUUGCCCCACUCUAGUCUGUCCACUGCAUGGGACACCAUACAGCGUACAUUCGGUUGCUGCGGUGUGGACAAUCAAGCUGACUGGCAUUUCAUUGCCGCAUGGCCGGAACUAGCUAUUGCCCCGGAUUCCUGCUGCAUACCGGAAGCUCGAAAUUUGCCUAAUUGUGGGAAAUCACUUAACUACAACCUAAUUUAUCCACGCGGGUGUUUCGAAGUUAUACGUGAUUAUGCCACGAGGAACAUGUACAUUUUUGCCAUUGCGGCUGUAUGUUUAGCCUUUGUUCAGCUUUUUGGUUUGGUAUCAGCUAUGGUGCUAUUUUGUGGUGGUCAUCUGGCUGAACACAGAAAGCUGAUAGUCAGGACCGAAGAACCGGAAGUCGUUGAAGUUGUCCAAACUGAACCGAAACCAAAGUACGUGGAGACUAAUCUCUGAAGCAGAAAUAUGGAUAGUGCAAAUUGCUUUCUUGUUUUUGUUGUCUCUCAAGUAUUUGUUUGUAAAAAAUGUUCGCCUUGAUUGAAAGUAUUUCCGCUUUUAGCGUUUUAUACUUUUAUCUCUUCGUGUGCAUCUCUCAAAGGAUCUGUUCUGUAUUAUUUAAUUUUGCGACAUGGUUAAGCAUCUAUCUUUGCUCCUUUUGCACUGGAAAAUUUGGGGAUAUAAAUGGUGUGAAAGUAAAUUCUGGAGUUACGAUUAAGGAAGCGGGAAUGCUUUUGAAUUUUUGAUAAAUGAAUUGCAGUGCAAUAAAUAAAGUUUGGCUACGA